CCGGUGGGGUGCGACGGCGAAGUGGGGAGCGAGCUGAGGCUCGACGAAUGCGGGGUGUGCGGCGGGGACAACAGCACGUGCCGCCGGAUGUCCGGCUUCUUCUCGCUGCGCCGGCUGCCGCCGGGGUAUAACUUCGUGGCGCGGAUUCCGGCCGCGUCCUGCCUGGUCAACGUCACCCAGAUCGCCCCGACCCCGAAUCUCAUCGCCCUGAAGGAAUCCGGAGCGCAGGGGAAAUACAUCCUUAACGGCGACUGGAAGGCGAGCGAGGAGAGGAAGCAGCACCGAGGCGCCGGGACAGUCUUCUACUACGGGGGCAAGGACUCCGUCGUCGCGCCUGGUCCCAUCGCCACGGCCGUCGAUCUCUUCGUAAGCGAGGCCGCGACGUUUCGCGACGUUUCGCGGUGGGCUUUGGAGGUGAACUCGUCUCGGGGUUUGAGUGCUUCUCUAAGAGCGGAUUUUGAAUUUGUGGGGCGGGGGAAUCCUCUGAUCGUCUCUCGAGGGGAGAACAAGGGGCUGAUCUACGAAUAUUCCAUCCCUGCGAUCCCGAGCUUCCCGCCAGAUGGCAGCACAGGUCGAGCAGUCGAUCGUGAUAGUUUCUGCCUCGUGAGGGUUGAGAUCGGAGUCGGCAGGGUCCAGGUUCCUGGAGUCUCGGUCCCCGCUGCAACAGAGCGUCCUCACGCCUCAACUCCCGCCUGCGUUCUACUACGACGAUGCUCAUCCCGCACCGCGCAGUUGGGACGUUGGAGACUCCUGGACGACCUCGUACGGCUUCUCCUGGGUCACGCAGGGCACGACCCCCUGCUCCAGGUCGUGCGGCGGAGGCAAGUCUCUUCUCUUUUCGCCCCGUCGCCGACGAGAGACGACACGGGUGACGACACGGUCGCCUUUUUCUACCUAGGGUACCAGACGACGAGGGUGGCGUGCAUGAACGAUCGGACGCGGACGGUGAUCGCCGACUGGCUCUGCGACUCGCAGCAGAAGCCGACGCAGCAGAUCGUGGCGUGCAAUAAUCAGCCCUGCCCCCCUCAGUCAGUGGAAGGCGGGAGAAUGGAGCGAAUGCAGCGCCACGUGCGGACGAGGCCUGCAGACGAGAACGUGGCUCUGCCGACAGGAGAUGUCCGCUGGGAUGACCCUCACCGUACCGCACGGGGCCUGCCUGGGUCGGGACCCGAAGCCAGAGGACGAGAGCAGGGCGUGCAUGAGGCCUCCGUGUCUGGGGUGGCACGCGGGUCCCUGGUCCAAGGUCGGGCGAGACACGAGGGCGGAGUGACGUCGGCGACGAUGCGAUUCGCGCUCGUCGGAUCGUGGUGUAACCGAUCGGAUCGCGCUGACGUCACUUCUAACAUCCACGAUCGUCCGCUUUCCGUCUCUGGUGGAGGCUGUUCUGCGACGUGUGGCGAGGGAACGCAGGAGAGAGAGGUGAAAUGCCUCGAAGGUGACGCUUCCGUGGUGGAUCCGGAGAAAUGUGGAGAAGAUAAGCCGGAAUCACAUAGGCAUUGUCAAGGCCUUCCGCCAUGUGCUCGCACUCGACCCGUCUGGCUUUUCUCGGAGUGGAUAUCCAAUGUAUUGAAUUGUACAUGCGAUGGGCAAGGAGAAGAGACGAGGGAUGUGGUAUGUUUGCACGGCCGCGAUUGCGACGAAGCUCUCAAGCCGAAUUCAACGAAGGCUUGCGAGAGCUCCAAAUGUCAUGGGGCUCCUCAGUAUGCUUGGUUCACCGGCCCUUGGUCUCACUGUUCGUUGACGUGUGGAGGGGGAGUGAAAGAGAGGAAAAUCCUCUGCCUCUACCUUCCGCUUUCCACCGUCACGGAGGAUGAGGAAUGCGACGGAUUGGGCCUUCAAAAACCGCCUUCUUUGAAAUCAUGCAAGACGAGACGAUGCCCUCCUCGCUGGUUUCGUUCUCAAUGGUCCGAUUGCUCAGUGAAAUGUGGGAUUGGGGAGAUGAAGCGGGAAGUCCAGUGUCUGGAUGAGGAGUAUGAUCCCUCUGGCUUCUGCAACUCAGUCAUCCAGCCUCCCCAUGAGAUGAUGUGCUCAAUUCCUUGCACAACCCCUGCUUCUACCACCACCACCCUAGCAACUUUUACAACCACAGCUCAGGAGACUACUCCCACUGCAUCGCUGACAAGCACCAUUGCUAGUACUGUUGUUGAAGAACUUUCAACUACAGUCAACACUACACUGUCUUCAUUUUCUGAGACCACAUCUGUCAAAACAGAUACUACACCAAUAGUGGGUGCAGCUGAGCAGACCAAUGACAUCCCUGAUGCACUGAAUAGUCCCAGAACAGGGAAACAAAAUGGCCCUAAUUCUAUCCCAGGCAAAGAAAAACAUUCAAAGGUGUUUUGUGACAUUGAGGGUGUCCUUUCCCACGAAAAGUCAAAUGUAACAAUCCUACCCAAGGUUUACUACGUCUCGGGUACGUUUUGA